CCUUGGCAUCGCCUAGACUUCAGCAGGCUAUGAAUGUGAACACUUCUGCUGCAUUAUUUACAGCAAAGCAGAUAUUGCAUCACUGACUUCAUACCAGCGAAUCCAAAGCAGCAUCGAGAUAAAAAAUAAAAGAAAGAAAGAAGAAUCAGUCGGCUAAUAUUUAGAGAACUUCUGAGUCGAGGAAACAGCUAAACAAUGAGUUGCCAGCCCACGGACAAGGCCCCUCCUAGCAGCAGUCCAACAGUUCAGCAUGCUUCAGGAUCUACCCUGCUGCCCUCAGUGGUGUGUCAAGAAACAUGCAGCAGUGCUGCUCAGAGUCAAACAACACUGGAGUCCAAACUGAAGGCCCUGCAGUGCCACUUCACCUGGGAUCUGGACCCUAGCAGGUCCAAACUUCUCCGCCUCAGGGACAAGCUGGAGGACAUCGGCACCGAGGAGGGAAACAGCUGGCUGGGUCACAUUUACAACCUGCGUGGGUUCAUUCAGUACAAGCUGGGGUUUAAAGAAGAUGCCCAGAGUUUGUUCAGCAAGGCUGCAGAGGCCUACCGCCAGAUGAGAAACGCAGAUGAAGGUCCCUGGUUAGUGGUGAACUAUGGGAACCUGGCUUGGUUGCACCACCACGUGGGAGAACAAGCAGAGAGUCAGGCUUAACUGUCAAAGGUCGAUGCCCUGAUCAAUAAAUACCCAUCUCCAUCCCAGGAUGAGCUCCAUCCAGAGAUCUGUGCUGAAAAAGCCUGGACCCUGAUGAAGUUCAGCUCAGAACAAAAGCAGCUGGCUGCAGAUUACUUUGAGAAUGCCAUUAGGAUGCAGCCAGACAUGGUGGAGUGGCACACCAGCCAUGUCAUAGGGUUAGUGGGUGCUUAUAGGCACAACAACAAAAAACCUGGGGCUGACAUCUUGGAGAAAAUGAGAAUCGCCAAGGAGCAGGAUCCAGAGAACUUGUACCUCGCUGUUUUGUACCUUGAGAAAUGUGCUAAGAAAGGAGACAGAAUUGAAGAUGAAGCACGUGAGUUAGCCACAAAGGUUUUGAGAAAUCCUGUCAGCAGCUACAGCGGUACGAAAGCAUUAUUAAGGGUUUAUGGAAACUAUGUAUCUAUGGAUGAGGCCAUUGAUUUGGCAGAGGAGGCUCUGGAAAAACAUCCAGAUGAACGUUAUCUGAAGAGAUGUGUUGCACUCUGCUACAAAUGGAAGAUCUUCGGAGACAAGCGCCCAAAGCAAAGCAUGAUAGACAGAGCAAUCAGUCUCCACAAGGAGGUGAUUUCUCUUUACCCUCAUUAUUCACUGAUGAAGACCAUAUCACUUGCAAAUAUAUACGCAAAGUCAAAUCGGGAACAGGCUAAAGCUGAGCAGAUAUUCCAGGAACUGCUACAGAGGGAUCUGGAACCUGCAGACAAACAACUGCUUUACACCUACUAUGCAAAACAUUUAUACUUCAAUCAAAAGAACUUUCAAAAGUCAAUAAAAUAUAACAUGAAGGCAGCAGCGAUACUUCGUGAGAACAGUAUCAGAGCUCUAGAGAAGGUUCAACACAAAGGCAGGAACCGAAUGUGUAGAGAAAUAGAGGAGUUUCUGGCAAAUCUGCAAGAGUCAUAGUGUUUAUAACAGCACUGGCUCUACUCAUCAGUUGGAUUACACAUACAUUAGCAAAACUUGAAGGAAAUAUUUGGGCCAAUUGCCAAAAAGAUUAAUUCUUGUGGGAAACUUAAACGUAAAAUGAAACCAAUCAUGGCAUGGCAGGAAAAAAAAAUGGCCCAAUUCAGUGCGAACUAGAGCAGAUUUACUUGAUCAUGAUUUAGUAUGCAAGUUUUCAAAAGGUCCUUAUCUUUCUCUUCUUCCUUAUCUGUAUUGCUAUUGAAAAAUAAAUCUGAAUCUUAUGGAUCACCUGCCAGUAACAAGUAUUGUAAAAAAUCACACACCUAAGUGCACACUGAUUAUGGAGUCCCUUUUGCAGGCUUUUUUGGGAUUGUUGUGGCCUAAAAUGCCUGAUUUCAUGGCAGGUUUUCUAAGAAAUUGCAAUGCAUAUUGCAGUGUAUCAAAGGCUAUUUUUCUCUUCUUUGCAAUGAAACUCCUGGAGCUAGGGUUGCAGCUAUAUACCGGUUUAAGGUAUACCAUGAAAACUGACAAUUGUCAUACCGUAUCCAAUUGCUUAUCUAAGAUAUUGAGAAAAAAUGAAACUUGAAGGACAAUCUCAACUAUAUUUUAGUCAAUUUCAAAAGGGAGACUUACAGUACAUACUUACAUACAUACUUAUAUUUUAAAAAAUGGUUUCAAGUUUCAAUUAUAGUAAUAAAACAUUUGUUCAGCCAAAGACAACCCCUCUGAUUUCAUUCCUUUAAGGGUCAUUCUGACUGAUUUUUUUUUGUUGUUUUUUUUGAUGAUAUAUUCAAAAUUGAAGGCAUCUUGGUAUGGACAUUUUUGUAUUGAUGUGCUUCUAUUUUUUUGCAGUGACCCGUCAGAUAUCUCUCUCCUCCCCGUCAGAGUGUGUGCAUGUAUUUGAGUGUAAGUGGAUGAUAGAAAGCAGGUUGUGUUUGCAGAUUUUGAUAAGAUGUUUACUAUAUUUCUGUAAGUAUUUCCCUUUGCUCUGUAUUUUAGGUUUAUAUAAAAACAUAAUAUGCUGUCUAUAUGAAAUAUAUUCUGUUUCUGAUUAGCAAUGUAAUAGUUGAUUUGAUGUAUAACAUGAUGAAUAAUAUUAUUCUCAAAUGCAACUGACUGCAUGUACAGGAAGCAUGUCAGGUCUGUGUCUCAGUUGUAUACAACACUAUUAAAUAAACAUUAUAAACAGCAA